CUCUAUUGAAGGUCUCCAGACUUCAGCAGCAGCAGAGUGGCCACUCCCACAUGAAGGGCCAUAGCUCCAUGUUUAUCUUGUUACCACACAAAAGCAUUUUCAGCCCAUCUGUGCAAAAUCUGUUAAGUUGCAUAGUUUCAAAGAGGUGGAGAAAUGCAGUUCUCCAUGUUGCUGGAUAGCAAAGCCGAUGAGACUGUAAGAGAAGUGGGCUUCAGCUGUGUGAGAGAGCUCCUUUUCCCCUGGGCAUCCUCCUGUUUUGUCCAUCUUCAGAAAGGACUUGAAGUUAAAUGGAAAAUUUCAGAAUGGAACCUUAGCCUUUUCUGUGCUCUGCACUGUUGUGUGUGGCAAGCUCUGCCAACAAAAGGAAUCAUAAGGAUAAUAUGUUAUGACAAGACAUAGUGGCAAGCACUGAGACACUGACUCCAGAUUAACUUGAUCUGAGCUUCCCUGGUAGGUGUUGUCAUCAGGAUUUAUUACACAGCAUUUGGACUGAUCUGUAAAAGUUUUCUCUUUUGCAAAGAUAAAGUUUACUUACAUGUUUCAGAGAGCAACUGGUAACAUGGAUUGCACUUCGGAAGGGGACAGCUGAACUCUCCCUCUGGCUUUAGUAAGGAAAGAGCAGCGAUGAAAUCCGUGGACUGUGUGCACGUCAUCCAACAGAAGGAUACCGCCUCCUCUCCCUCUGCCCCCCCUGGUGCUGUUUCAGGCGCCACGGGACUUUUUCCUGUCACAUUCCUGUGGCUUGCAAUGCUCCUGUCCUCUUGUCUUGCAGCAGUGUCUCUUUACCAUGUUAUCAUCCUGAAAACAGAACUAGAAGCUCUGCGCAGCGAGCUGAUCUACAGCAUCCAGGCAAGGUCUCCACUAGACCAACCACUCGUGUCCCCCAGUGAAAACAAAGCAGGUAGCCCUGUUUCUUCCUUCCUGCAAGUGUCUGCAGCUGGCUUCAGGCAGGAGAGCAGGCUUGCUGGUACUGGCACAGCUGAGAGCUUCCAAAAGGAAAUCUGGAACGGGAGUAGAAACAGGGGCAGGCGGUCUGUUGUCAACACAGAAGAAAAAGUGCUGCAGGCCUGCUUGCAACUGAUUGCUGACAGCAAAAGUGAUAUACAACAGAAAGAUGAUUCAAGCAUUGUCCCUUGGCUCCUGAGCUUUAAACGUGGAACAGCUCUGGAAGAACAAGGAAAUAAAAUAGUGAUCAAAGAAACAGGUUAUUUUUUCAUAUAUGGCCAGGUUUUAUAUACAGAUACAACAUUUGCUAUGGGACACCUAAUCCAGAGGAAGAAGGCUCAUGUGUUUGGUGAUGAUCUCAGCUUGGUGACAUUGUUUCGCUGCAUCCAAAAUAUGCCACAGUCUUAUCCAAAUAAUUCUUGCUACACUGCUGGCAUUGCAAAAUUAGAAGAAGGGGAUGAACUUCAACUUACAAUACCACGGAGAAGGGCUAAAAUAUCCUUGGAUGGAGAUGGUACUUUUUUUGGUGCAGUAAGACUCCUCUGAAGCCCUUCAUUUCUGUUUUUAUGCUUAAUGCCAUUUUCUUCUCUACCUAUGCCUUUGUCAGAAAAAAUAUCAAAUUGUAAUAAAGCUGCCAAUUCAGCCUCUUCCGAUUCA